GAGAUCACUCUCUACCCAGAUAAACACGGCUGUGUCAGGGACCUGCUGGAGGAAUGUAAAAAAGCUGUGGAGCUCUCCGACAAAGGCUCAGAGAAGCUCCGACUGUUGGAGAUAGUAAGCUAUAAGAUCAUCGGGGUUCACCAGGAGGACGAGCUGUUAGAAUGUUUAUCUCCGCCGCCAGCCGUACCUUCAGAUAGAGGUAGUUCCUCUAACCUCUCUCUCCACCUCAGAAUAGAGGAACUUCCUCUGGACCAGGUAGACCUGGAUAAGGACACUGAGAUGUUGAUUCCCGUCGCACAUUUCCACAAGGAGGUCUUUGGAACGUUUGGAAUCCCUUUCCUGCUGAAGAUCAGACAGUGUGGUGAGCCGUUCAGAGAUGUGAUGAGGAGGAUUCAGAGCAUGCGAAUACAGGAGAAAGAGUUUGAGAAGUUCAAGUUUGCGAUUGUGAUGAUGGGCCGGCAUCAGUACAUCACUGAGGAUGAGUACGAGGUCAACCUGAAAGACUUCCAGCCACAGCCAGGUAACAUGUCCCACCCUCGACCCUGGUUAGGCCUGGACCACUUCAACAAAGCCCCGAAGAGAGGUCGCUAUACCUACCUGGAGAAAGCUAUCAAGAUCCACAACUGAGCAACCCUCCUCUCUCCUCUUCUUCCUCUCUCCUCUUCUUCCUCUCUCCUCUUCCUCCUCUCUCCUCUCCCUCUCUCUC